AUUCUUCAUUCUGAAUGUGAUAACUGUCCAGCAGGAUGUGGAGGUCAGCGCUGGGACUGUGCCUUCUCCUGACGGUGAUCCAUGGGGGAAAUCUGACAGACCCUGACCCGACGUAUAUGCUGUUGGUUCCCACCCUACUGAAGGCUGGACAUGAACAGAAAUUCUGCCUGCAUCUGUCCCAUCUUAAUGAGUCUGUGACUGCAACAGUGACUCUGGAAACGGAGCAACAGAACAUCACGUUACUAGAGAAACACAUCACACAAACUGACCAUGACAACUGCGUCACAUUUGCGACCCCAGAAACCGACAGUGCGAAAGUGGGCUACAUCACACUGGAUGCUGCGGGUGACUCUCUGAAUUUCAAGACUAAGAGAAGUGUCCUUAUUAGACCUAUUCAAAACCUGGUGUUUUUCCAGACUGACAAACCCAUCUACAAACCUGGACAGAAAGUACAAUUCCGUAUUGUAUCACUGGAUGAAACUUUUCAUGCAGCACCUGAGAAGUUUCCUGUGAUUUAUAUUGAGGAUCCUCAGAGAAACCGUAUCAGCCAGUGGUUGAAUGUGGAAACAACUAGAGGAAUGUCACAGGAAUCCUUCCUUCUCACCUCUGAACCCCGGCUGGGGACAUACAAACUGGUCGCACAGAGGCUAAAGGGCGCGCAGGUUGAGCAAACAUUUAGUGUGGAGGAAUAUGUAUUACCCAAAUAUAAGGUACAGGUGAAAAUGCCGCCAGUUAUCACUGUUCUUGACAAAGGAGUUAAAGUGACAGUAUGUGGCAAAUACACCUAUGGGAAACCAGUUGCAGGAAGAAUUGAUGUCCGUGUCUGCAGAAUGUACAAAUACAGUUAUUCUACCUGUGCUGGUGAAGAAAAUAGUGUGUGUGAAGAACUGUCACAUCAGGCCGAUAACAAUGGGUGUUUCUCAGACGAGGUGAAGACAAAAGUUUUCCAGUUGAGACGCAAUGAAUUUCAGAUGAGAAUCACUGCAACAGCCAAAAUAACAGAGGAUGGAACAGGCGUGGAGUUGACAGGUGAAACCUCCUCCGAGAUUAAGAACACUCUAGCAAAGGUAUCAUUCCAACAGCUAGACUCCCGCUUUCGGAGGGGUAUUCCUUUAUAUGGACAGAUUUUCCUUGAAGAUGCAGCUGGAAAGCCAAUUAACAACGAGACAGUGGUCAUUUAUGUAGGUCAUGAUGGAACAAAUUACACCUACUCCACUGGGUCUGAUGGAACUGCGGAUUUCUCCAUUAACACCACAUCUUUCCAUCAGUCAUACAUAAGACUCAGGGUCAGUUACAAGUCUACUGAAAGCUGCUAUAGUUCAAAUUCAUUGAUUCCCACUUAUGGUGAGGCUUCACGGAAUGUCCAACAUUUCUACUCCAGAAGUAAGAGUUAUAUAAAGAUCCAGCCUAUAUACAGGACACUGAAUUGUCAGGAUGAUGAGAGAAUCACGGUACAUUAUACUCUGACUCCUGAAGGGUUCGGAGAGGCCACUCAUGUAAUAUUUCAUAACCUGGUAAUGGCAAAGGGUGGUAUUGUGAAUUCUGGAAAGCACGAAGUGAAAUUAAUCCCAAAUCAAGAAUCAUAUGGACAGUUUACAUUUCCUCUUCCUGUCAGCAUUAACACGGCACCACUGACCAAAGUGCUGGUGUACCUUGUGCUGGACAGCGGUGAGGUCAUUGCAGAUAGCGUCAGCUUCAAAGUGGACAAGUGCUUUUCUAACAAGGUGAAGCACUCUUUCUCUGUCGCCGAGGCUCUUCCGGGAUCACAUGCCGACCUCAUUCUCUCCACUCUGCCAAACUCCCUGUGUGCAGUGCGGGCAGUAGAUUCCAGUGUUUUACUGCUGAAACCUGAGGCUGAAUUGUCCGCAAAAUCGGUGUAUGACCUGCUGCCGGUUGUAGACAUGUCUGGUUACAACCAUGAAGGCCAUUACCUAGAGGAGCAACGUGAAGACCCAUGCAUCAAGCUGGAGCCUAUAUUUAUGAAUGGAGUAUAUUACAAUCCCUCUACCCCUGACGGCGACAUUGAUGCCUAUGAGACCUUUAAGCAACUGGGUCUGAAAGUUGCCACAAACACUAAGAUCAGAAUCCCAGUUCUCUGCCAUGUAGUUAGAAAUGAUUACCGUGAAUAUGAGUCUUCUGGAGAACGUAUGAGUCAUCCAAUUGCUAUGGCCAGUUCUGCAUCACGCAUGCAUAUGCCCAUGGCGAUAGUGGCUCUCUCCGAGGAAAUGAUUGAAACUGUGAGAAACUUUUUCCCAGAAACCUGGCUGUGGGAAUCAGUUGAGACCGACUCCCUUGGACAUGCUAACCUAAAUCUGACUGUACCAGAUAGUAUAACAACAUGGAAUGUUGGGAUGUUCUGUACGUCAGAAGAAGCCGGGUUUGGUCUUUCAGAACCAGUGUCACUCAUAACUUUCCAGCCUUUCUUCCUUGAUACAACUUUACCUUAUUCAGCCGUCCGGGGUGAGACGUUCACUCUGAAAGCUAGUGUGUUUAAUUACCUUCCGCAAGCCAUCCGGGUGAGUGUUUCUUUGGAAAACUCUGACAAGUUCACAGCUAAGAGCACAAACGCAGAGGAAGAAGGUUACUGUGUGGAUGUGAAUGGCAGAGUGACUGCAUCCUGGGAAGUGACGCUAAAGUCUCUAGGAGAAAUAAACUUUACAGUCAGUGCUCAGACUCUGCCGGGAGCUGGUCUGUGUGGUAAUGAGAUUUUGAAUCCCGCACAAGGCAGAAAGGACACAAUCACCAAACAUAUCCUGGUUGAGCCAGAGGGUGUAGGAAAAGAAGAGACGCAGAGCGCCAUGAUCUGCGGCAAAGGCUCCGAGAUAACGGAAGUGAUCUCUCUGAGACUCCCAGGCAGUGUGGUGGAAGGUUCUUCCCGUGCUUACUUCUCAGUGAUUGGUGAUGUCAUGGGCACAGCAAUGCAGAAUCUGGGGAGCCUCCUUCAGUUGCCAUACGGAUGUGGGGAGCAGAAUAUGGUCCUUUUCACCCCCAAUAUCUACAUUUUGGAGUAUCUCAACAAAACUGAUCUAUUGACCCCAGAGAUCAAAUCAAAGGCACUGAGCUACCUGACCACUGGAUAUCAGAAACAACUGGCGUACAAACACCAUGAUGGAUCUUAUAGUGCAUUUGGACCACGGUUUGGAGAAGGAAAUACCUGGCUGACAGCCUUUGUUGUGAAGUCCUUUGCCCGAGCUAAAUCUCACAUCUAUAUUGAUCCAAAAGCAUUAUCAGACUCUCUUCAGUGGCUUUCAAAUCGUCAGAAACAAAAUGGCUGCUUCCAAAAUGUUGGCAGACUAUUUAAUAACGCUAUCAAGGGAGGAGUGGAUGAUGAAAUCACAUUGGCUGCAUACAUUACCAUUGCUUUACUGGAGUAUCCACUUCCUGUCACGGACAUAGUAGUGCGAAAUGCGUUGUUUUGUUUGGAGAAUGCAUUGGAUGGUAAAAACAGCGUCUACACACAAGCUUUAAUGGCUCACGCUUUUACUCUUGCCGGAAAAAUGGAACUUCGUUCUCGGCUCCUUCAAUCCCUGGAUGAACAGGCCAUCAAGAAAGAUGGUACAGUCCACUGGCAUCGUCCAGAGUACGCAGAUGAAUCCGGCACAGUAAGAGCCCCUCAUAGAAGGGCCCAAUCUAUAGAAGUGGAGAUGAACGCCUACGUGCUGCUGGCCAUAUUGGCCAAACCCAAGAUCGCUGAUGAAGAUAUAACAGCUGCCACUAAAAUUGUCACUUGGCUCAUAAAGCAGCAGAAUCCUAAUGGUGGCUUCUCAUCCACUCAGGAUACAGUAGUUGCUCUCCAAGCUCUGUCUCUCUAUGGCUAUUAUGCUCUCAGCCAUGAUGGUCCUCGUGACAUCUCCGUCACCCUGGACAGCGCUCAAGUUGCAAAGCUCCACGUAGAGGAUUCCAACCGCCUGCUCCUGCAGCGUGCCACCUUGCCCAGCGUCCCGGGAGAUUACACUGUCACAGUCAGCGGGUCUGGAUGUGUAUAUAUGCAGACUAGCGUGAGAUAUAACAUACCACAUCCAGAGGGUGACGCCCCAUUCACCAUUGCAGUAACUACAGAGCCAGAGAUCUGUAACAUCAAAUCUCUAAAAUCAUUUGGCAUCGCAGUCAAUGUAAGCUACAUUGGGAAGAGGGAGAACUCUAACAUGGCUUUAGUUGAGAUAAAGCUGCCUUCUGGAUACAUCCCAGUAAAACCUUCUGUCAGACAGCUAACAAACCAACCUUUGAUUGAGAAAACAGAAACUAGUCCAAAUAAAGUCACCGUAUACUUUGAGAAUCUCACUAAGGACAUACAGAGCUUUAAGUUCUUGGUUGAACAAGAAAUUGCCGUCGGUAACCUUCAGCCGGCCACUGCUACUAUUUUUGACUAUUAUGAGACAGAGGAUUUUGCCAUAACGAAGUACAAUUCCCCCUGCAGUUCAAAAGAUGAGGUUGGAAAGGCAUAACAGAACAACAAUGGAUGAAAUCAAUGAAACACAAGCAGCCCUGUGAUCCUAGAUAAAGAGGAAAUGUCUAAGGAUUGGUCCAGACUUGGGACUAACUUUCUUCCACCAAGUCACUAAAUUUUUAAAGCAAAUAAAAUAUAUCUUGUGUCUCCUA